AUGGGGAAGCUGAAGUGUUUUGAGAUAAUAAUGUUGGACAAUAAGUCAGUUUUCCACCCAGGAGAAAGAGUCAAUGGACAGGUGGUUGUGGAACUGAAAGGAGACAUGAAAAUGAGAUCUUUGAGAAUCUUCAUGAGAGGAAUUGCAAAGGUUCAUUGGACUGAAUCUCGAAGUACAGGCAGUAGACUUGGUUCCUAUACAGAGCAUUACAAUGCUGAAGUGGAAUAUUUCUUCAAGAGACAAGUUUUAUUUGGAGGAGAAAUUUCUGAUGGAAGAGAUACUUUAACUGAAGGUCGACAUGAACUAGAUUUUUCAUUUGAGUUACCAAUGGGUGGAAUUUCAACAUCAUUUGAAGGGAAACAUGGUAGUGUAAGAUAUUGGUUAAAAGCUGAAAUGGAUAAACCUUGGUCAUUUAAUCAUAAAACUAAAAAAGCUUUUACAGUUAUUAGUCCUAUAGAUAUCAAUAGAGCAGAAUACCAGACACAAGUAGAGAGUAGUGUAGAGAAAACAUUAUGUUGUUGGUUAUGUACAUCAGGACCUAUAUCUAUAACAGCUAGAACAGACAGACGUGGUUAUUGUCCAGGUGAAUCCAUAGCAAUCUCAGCUGAGUUUGAUAAUCAUUCUUCUAGAACAGUCAUACCUUAUGCUACAUUGUAUCAGACACAAGCUUUCUUUGCUAGUGGUAAAUCUCGUGUCCGGAGAACCAAGUUUACUGUUUUAACUGGGCUACCUGUAGCUCCUGGUACUCGAGGAAGCUGGGACUCACAAUUACUGAAAAUACCAGCUGUAUCUCCUUCUAUUAUGAAUUGUUGUGUUAUGAAAGUUGAUUAUUUUGUUAAGGUUGCUCUACAUAUCCCUGGUGCCUAUAAUCUUCGUAUACAACUUCCAAUUGUCAUAGGAACAGUACCAUUUAGAAGAGCUCAAACUUAUCAUUUUAUGGAGUCACGCUAUUAUAGAGAAACACAAGCUCAGUUUGCCAUGGAUUUCUUGCCAAUACCACCACCAUAUAGAGAAACCAUUACACCUCCACCUCCUUUUGAUGGUAAGGUUAACCUCUCUACUACUUGUGGAACCUCCAAUCUAUGUUGA